AUGGCCCCGUUCGAAAGAGCAGAGAGCGUGCUCAGCGGAUUCAAAGACAGGGUAGACUCUGUUGCCGUUCAAGGGGACAGACUGUACCUCGGAACGUCAAUAGGGAACCUGCAUGUUUAUUCGUUCAAGGACGAUGCAGGUCCCGCAGAAGAGGUCGUAGUCAAGAAGGGCCUUGCAAGAAGGUCCAUCGAACAACUAGGCUACGUGAAGGACAUCAACUCUCUAGUCGUCCUUGCCGAGAAGCAGGUCACACUCUACCCACUCCCUGACCUCUCGCCACCCACCGUCCUCUCUAAAGCCAAAGCCGCGUUCUCCUUCGCAGUCCAUACCUCCGUACAACAUCUUCUUCCUGACGGACAGCCCGUCCAGACUUCAUCGGUUGGGUUUGACAAGACGACGGCUGUUCCGACUGUUAUUACUUAUUUGUUGGUGGGAUGUCAGAGGAAAUUAGUGAUUUAUUCGUGGAAGGAUGGUGAGGCGCAGGAUGUCAAAGAAGCUGUUCUUCCCCAUUCGCCACGGACUAUGGCGUUUUUGAACAACGACAUCGUAUGUCUGGCGUACCAGCCCGAAUUCGUCCUUUUCUCACUACGAACACAUUCAAUCACUGAAGUCACGACUCCGGUCCCACCCACACUGUCUGCCCAAGGCAUCAGCAGCAUGGGGAAGGGCGCUCUAUCUGGGUUGGGAGGGUAUAUGACUCUUGGUUUGGGAGCAAAGGCAAAGCCGUGUGCAGUGAAUGUUGGUGACUCGGAAGCGCUUAUAGCGAAAGAAAACUUUGGAGUGUUCAUCGGUCCGGACGGUAAACAAUCGCGUACUCCACAGGUCGAGUGGCCCGCAACUCCAGAGGACCUAGCUUUCGUCAAGCCAUAUAUUUUCACAUUAUUACCCGCCGGCACGGUCCCCACCGCCUCUAUCACUAACUCCAUAUCCUCCGCCUCCACAAUUCCCUUCUCUCCAUCCCCUGUUCUUCAAAUCCGCUCCUCAAUUUCCCUCCAACCCUCGCAGACGCUUUCAUUCCCUUUCGAUCCUUCGACGUCUUCUUCUUCCGAGGCCACCACACCUUCUGCCACCACACACACCUUGCGACUGCUUACUCCUUCCCCAAACGCCAAGUCGCCGUUGUUUGUGAUUAGUACACCGGUGGACAGGGCUAUGGCGGCAAGUGAGGGCAGCUCGAUGUGGAAGUUUAAGAUGAAGGGUUGGGGAGAACAGGUGGAUGAGUUGGUUGCUGACGGGUCGUACGAUGAAGCCAUAAAGCUGCUGGAUACGAUCGACGAGGCGGUUUUACCCGAUAAGGAUCGUCGAAAGAGUCUCUGUCAAGCCCUCCACGCAGUCUCCCAGUUCUCGUCCGCCCACUUUGACGAAGCACUAGACACGUUCGUCACUCUAAAUAUCAACCCAGCAAAGGUCAUUGCGCUCUAUCCUUCUUCCGUCUCUGGACGCCUGUCCGUUCCUCAGCAAGAAUGGAUCCCGCUUUUUGGCGGCCCAAAGUCUAAACCUAAACGUAAAUCAGGAUCAUUAUCGGUGUCGGCGUCUUCUGACCAUCAGACUGAUGAGGCGAAGAGGUCUUCGAUAUUUGAAGAGGGGCAGGGACAGGAAGAUGAGGAUGGGGCUUCGACGGAAGAGAGUGGGCCGUCAAGAGGACGGUCACCGCCACCAGGGGGGACCGCACCGGCGAGUAGAAGUAGAUGGAAGCCGGCUUUGGAUGUGUUCAGGCCCGGCGGUGGAAGAGAUUCCGAGACGGCGUCGAUUAGUAGCGUGAAGCAGAGAAGGCCUAAUGACACAUUCACCCGCUCCGUCGAGUCCCUCCUUCGUUACCUCCCCGACCGCCGCAUCAAACUCGCAACCUCUCUUGAAGCCUUCCACAUCACCUCCCUCCAAGCUCACGAACACAAGACCCUCCUCUCCUCCACUCCGCUUGUCGAACUCUUCACCAUUCCUUCCUAUGCACCACUCUCGAACCUUACACCGCAGCAAUUGGUGCAAUGUGCACAGGUGGUGGAUACGGCCCUGUUCAAGGCGUACAUGGUCAUUAGGCCUGGGUUGAUUGGGAGUCUUUGUAGGCAGCCCAAUUGGUGUGAGGUGGAAGAGGUGGAAGAGAUUCUGAUGUCGAAGGAGAAAUAUACAGAGCUUAUUGCGCUGUAUAACGGAAAGAAGAUGCAUUCGAAAGCUUUAGAUCUCUUGCAUACGUUGAGCGAGAAGGAGACGGACAUGCGGGAUAAAUUGGAGCCUUCGAUCAUAUACCUCCAGCGACUAGGACCUGAACACCUCGAUCAGAUCUUCAAGUCGUCGCGAUGGCUGUUCGACCAGGACGCUGAUAUGGCUUUCGAGAUAUUCACAUCUGAAGAAGUUGAGCUCCCUCGAGAUCCAGUUAUUGCUUACCUCGAAGGGAUCGACUCGAGACUCGGUGCGCGAUAUUUGGAGUAUUUGAUGCAGGAGAGGAAGGAGGAGUCGACGCAUAAUGGCGACAGGCUUGCGGAGCUAUACCUGAAGAUGACGAAGGAUGCGAAGAGGAAGCGGGACGAAGAGACCAGGAAGCAAGUGUACGACAAAUUCUUGGAAUUUAUCGACAAGUCGCAACAUUACCAAGUCGACAGAUUGUUCGGACAUCUACCGGCCGAAGAUUUCUUCGAAGCAAAGGCUAUCCUUCUGGGGAGGUUGAGCAGACAUGACAGUGCUCUCGAGAUCUAUGUAUACCGGCUGCACGACUACGUCAAGGCAGAAGAGUACUGCAAACGAGUCUACGUUCCCACCUCCGCCACCUCCUCCAUCUUCCUGACUCUCCUCCGGAUUUACCUCCGCCCCUCACCGUCCUAUCAACCCUAUCAACCUUCCCACACAUCCCAAGACAAAGACAACACCCUCCUACGUCCCGCACUGGAUCUCAUAUCUCGCCACAGUCGUCGCAUCGAUGCCGAAGAAGCACUUCAACUCCUUCCUCCUCUUGUAUCUGCUCACGAUCUACGAGCAUUCUUGAUCGAAGCACUGAGAGAGCCGGUGUUCGAUACAAUGGUGGUGAGGGAUAUCAGUAAGGCUCGGAGCGAACAGGUGGCGAGGAGGUUGAUGUGGUUGCAGAGUAAUAGGGUUAAGGUUACUGAUAGUCGAAUAUGCCCGCAGUGUCACAAGAGAAUCGGACAUAGUUCUAUCGCUGUUCAUACGCCUGGCGGCGAGGUAACACAUUAUCAUUGUCGGGAGGCAUUCUCCCACAAACUGAAGGAGAUGAGGCACACGUAGUGGUCCCCGUUUUAUCCACCGUACAGGACAGUUUACUCAGUCUCUAUCUCUCUGGCUUUCGCAUGGACUGUUGUCUUCCUUAGUCGUGUCUGUUUUCCCAUGAUGUAUACCCCUCAG